GCCACGAGACGAAACCCCCCGCUCCUGCACAACCAACCAGAAGCAAAACGGGGGCAAGUGGAAGUGGGGAAGGAGCCGACGCGGUCGGGGAACGGUGAUCCAGCAGCCGGCCCACGGCGAGCGAGCCCGACCCGACCCGGACCUUCCAGAGCCGGCCGCGAGCCAUGGACGCCGUCACCGCCGCCGCCCCGCCGCCGCCGCCGCCGGCGUCGGCGGCGGGCGCGCCCGCGUUCUCCUACCUGGCCGUGUUCUCCAACUGCCCGCUCGUCGCCGCCGUGCUCGCCUUCGCCAUCGCGCAGUCCAUCAAGGUCUUCACCACCUGGUACAAGGAGAACCGGUGGGACGCGAAGCAGCUGAUCGGGUCCGGCGGGAUGCCGUCCUCGCACUCGGCCACCGUCACCGCGCUCGCCGUCGCCGUCGGGAUGCAGGAGGGGUUCGCGAGCUCGCUCUUCGCCACCGCCGCCGUCUUCGCCUCCGUGGUGAUGUAUGACGCUUUUGGUGUCAGGCUACAUGCAGGGAAGCAAGCAGAGGUCUUGAAUCAAAUUGUGUAUGAGCUUCCAUCAGAACAUCCACUGGCUGAAACAAGACCACUGCGAGAGCUCCUAGGGCACACACCUCUACAGGUUUUUGCUGGCGGGGUGCUUGGAUUUGCAGUAGCCACAUUUACGGCAAUGAUAGCUGGGCUUGGUAGUUGAUUCUCCUGACUGGCAGAUUCACAUUUGCAUUGGAGUUUUGGAAUCCAAAUUGGAUACAUGUUUUCAGAAACCGUGUGAUAGAUAAUGCGUUGUGUAUAGGCGUAUUUAAUAUUGCUGCAAACUAUUGUCAAUUUGUUAAGAGAAAAAUUCACGUCAUUCUUUUGUAGCUAAUUGACGGAUUAAAUAUAUGUUGUAUACUUUUUUUUGCCAAGUAUUUGAAGUGAAAUAUUGUACUGAACAUUUAGCAGACGAAAUCCUUUUGCACUACUGUUCAUUGGACAAAAACUGAAAACAAGGCAUCUUUCAGCA